GGAAGCUUCAAAAUCAAAAUUGAAAGCUGAGAGUAGUAGAGUAACGCAACCCAUUCCAUUUCCCUCUAAAAUGGCGUCAAGUAAAAUGAGGGUGGAGGAGCUGCGAACGGAGCUCCUCCACCGUGGACUCUCCACCACCGGAACCAAACCCACUCUGGUCCGUAGGCUUGAAGCCGCUCUUCGCAAACAAACGACGAGUGACGGUGGUGCUUGUUCUCCUCGUAGGACUAGAAAGAGAGCAAGGGAUUCGAACCACUCCGAAGAAAUCGACGUUGCAGAGGAGACAAAAGAUGAGGAGGAGGAGGAGGAGGAGGAGAAGAUAGUCACCGCUACCCAAAAGGGCGUGGCGGUUCUCGACCAGUGGCUUCCGGAUUACGUGAAGACAAACUAUCAUGUUCUGCAACUGGGUGGUGACGUCUAUGAUGCCAUGUUGAAUCAGACAAAUGUUCGGGACAACAAUAACAAGUUCUAUGUCAUUCAAGUUCUCGAAUCAGAUAAUGGCAGUGACUUCCUUGUUUACAAUAGAUGGGGAAGAGUAGGUAUAAAGGGCCAAGAUACGAUACAUGGCCCUUUUAAAUCACGUGAGAGUGCCAUUCAGGAGUUUGAACAAAAGUUUUUAGCCAAGACCAAGAAUGAUUGGUCCAAUAGGAAUAAUUUUGUUUCCUAUCCUAAAAGUUAUGCUUGGUUGGAAAUGGACUACAGUGGCAAGAAAAAUGAAUCUACUGUUACAGAAAAUCCUGGCCAUUCUUUAGGAAAGCAGCCUCAGGAAUCUAAACUUGAGCCACGUGUUGCAAAAUUUAUAUCUCUUGUUUGCAACGUGAGCAUGAUGAAUCAGCAAAUGAUGGAAAUAGGGUACAAUGCGAAGAAGUUGCCCCUUGGAAAACUUAGCAAAUCAACAAUUUUGAAGGGCUAUGAAGUUCUCAAAAGACUUGCUAAUGUGAUUGAUAAAGGUGAUAGGAAAGUUCUGGAGCAAUUAAGUGGAGAACUCUACACUGUAAUUCCUCAUGAUUUUGGAUUCAAAAAAAUGUGCGAGUUUGUAAUUGACACCCCUCAGAAGUUAAAACGAAAGUUAGAAAUGGUUGAGGCACUUGCUGAAAUUGAGGUUGCCACAAAGCUCUUGAAAGAUGACACAGAAAUGCAGGGAGAUCCUCUGUAUACUCAUUAUCAAUGCCUUCAUUGCGAACUGGUACCAGUUGAAUUUGGUUGUGUGGAAUUUUCUAUGAUUGAAGAGUAUAUGAAGAACACUCAUGCAGAAACACAUUCAAACUAUACAGUGGAUAUUGUUCAAAUAUUCAGGACAUCAAGAGAAGGUGAGGCAGAACGGUUCAGAAAGUUUGCUAGUACAAAAAAUAGGAUGCUUUUGUGGCAUGGUUCUCGGCUCACAAACUGGACUGGAAUUUUAUCUCAAGGUUUGCGCAUAGCUCCUCCUGAGGCACCUGUAACUGGCUACAUGUUUGGAAAGGGGGUGUACUUUGCUGACAUGUUCUCAAAAAGUGCAAAUUAUUGCUAUGCUACUCGAACUGCUAAAGAUGGCGUGCUCCUUUUAUGUGAGGUUGCACUGGGAGAGAUGGCUGAGCUUCUAACUGCAAAAUAUGAUGCUGAUCAGUUGCCUAAUGGAAAACUGAGCACAAAAGGAUUAGGAGGUACUGCUCCUGAUCCUUCAAAAGCUCGGGAACUUGAGGAUGGGCUCGUAGUUCCCCUAGGAAAGCCCAAAACAAAAUCAGGCAAAAAGGGCCAUCUAUUGUACAAUGAAUACAUUGUUUAUAAUGUGGAGCAGAUUAGGAUGCGAUAUAUUGUUCACGUAAAUUUCAAUUUUAAGACUAGAAGUUAGCAGCCAGACGAUUACUGUUAUUUUAUGUAUCUUCAUCAUCUUCUAGUUCGCAAAGCCAAUCAGCAAUGAUUAUCUAUGUAAAAUAUUUUCACACCUAAAAGUGAUGAAGUUUGCAAUGUUGCUAAGAAAAUGAAGUUAAAGGCUAGCCAGUGCUUUCGUA